CGUAACUUUGCAAACCUUUAACCGAGGGUGGAGCAAGGACCAAACUGGACGCAUCUACGGGGGUAGCUUGAGCGGCAUAGGCCCCCUUCCCCCCACCAGCCCUGAUCUUCCCUCUGGUCUAAGCCAUCGGUCGCACGGCUUAUUCGUCUUCUGAGUGUGGGAUGUGUGUAGCGGGGCGCUCUCAGACAGAAAAGAGAAGAUCCAGAAGAUGGCAUAGCAACGGAUCCAGCCUUCCACCAAACUGGGGUCCCUCUGUGCACUGCCGUUGGACUGAUGUGAAGCUUUUGUUUUGCGCGGAAGGAGCUUGUCCACAGUUUGUCCUGAGAGCCAUUCUCUCCUAAUUCAUGAGCCAGCAGGAUGUGGUUGCCGUGCUUUCAGAACGCCUUCUCAUAGCUGCGUAUAAAGGGCAAGUGGAUAAUGUUGUGCAACUUAUCAACAAGGGUGCCAAGGUAGCUGUUACCAAGCAUGGGCGGACAGCUCUCCAUCUUGCAGCUCACAAGGGCCAUCUUGACGUUGUUCAGAUUUUACUCAAGGCAGGCUGUGAUGUGGACCUUCAGGAUGAUGGUGAUCAGACAGCUUUGCACCGGGCUACUGUUGUAGGGAAUACAGAUGUAAUAGCGGCUCUUAUCCACGAAGGGUGUGCUUUGGACAGACAAGAUAAGGAUGGAAACACAGCUCUUCAUGAAGCCUCUUGGCAUGGAUUCAGUCAGUCUGCCAAACUGCUUGUUAAAGCUGGAGCGAAUGUUCUGGCCAGAAACAAGGCAGGUAACACGCCAUUGCACUUGGCUUGCCAAAACAGUCAUUCACAAAGUGUUCGAGUUUUGCUUCUUGGAGGUUCUCGGGCAGAUAUCAAAAACAAUGCAGGAGACACCUGUUUGCAUGUUGCAGCGCGUUAUAAUCACUUACCCAUCAUUAGGGUGCUCCUCAGUGCUUUCUGUUCGGUCCAUGAAAAAAAUCAGGCUGGUGACACAGCGCUUCAUGUAGCUGCUGCAUUGAAUCAUAAAAAGGUGGUCAAACUCUUGUUGGAAGCAGGUGCUGAUGGGACAAUAGUUAACAAUGGCAUCAUGCAGUCUUCCUUGUUACAGGCUGGUCAGACCCCGCUAGAAGUUGCCAGAGAACACAACAACCCUGAGGUUGCCCUUCUGCUCACCAAGGCUCCACAGGUUUCACGCUUUAAUCGUGGAAGGAGCCUGAGGAAGAAGAGGGAAAGACUCAAAGCAGAAAGGCGAGCUCAGUCCGUACCAAGAGAUGAAGUGGUUCAGAGCAAGGGCAGUGUCUCAGCUGCAGAUGACACUCACAGCAGUGACCAGGGCCCUCAAGGGAUAUGUGACUUGAAAGAUGAAGCUCAACUGCCAUUGUCAGAGCUCAAAGUGAAGAAGAAUAAAAAUAAGAAACCAAGAGAAAAGGCUUCUGCACACUCAGAUCCCACAUCACCAGCUGAUCAGCAGAUGCCUCCUGGCCAACAGCAGAACUUGCCCAAACGCAAAAGUAAACACCGUUGUGCAUCGCCUCCACCUCCCCAUGAAUUCAGAGCCUACCAAUUGUAUACACUUUACCGUGGAAAAAAUGGGAAGAUCAUGCAGGCCCCAAUAAAUGGAUGUCGUUGUGAGCCACUGAUAAAUAAAGUAGAGAAUCAGCUUGCAGCAGCUGUGGAAGAAAUAAAAGCUGAGUUUGUGACUGUACAGGAUAAGAUGAAUAGCAAACUAGGACAGAUGGAAAACAAAACUCAGCAUCAGCUCCGUGUCUUAGACAAAUUGAUGGCAGAGAGACUGUCAGCAGAAAGAACAGAGUGCCUUCACCGCCUUCAGCAGCAUGCUGAGUUGGAAAAAAAUGAAGGGGAAAAACGGCAGGUUUCGCUGGUGGGGGAAUUGAAAGCUUGGUGCAUGUUAAAAAUUCAGACUCUGGAGCUGAAGCUUUCUGGAGAUUCUAGAUCUUCAAGACCAAAAUCAACACAGUCCACGUGCGAGUCUCUCACUGAGACCCUGGAUACGGAAAAUCUUCAUAGUACUAAGGACUGUAAAACAAGCCAGACUCCACUACAGUCAGAUGGUUCACACGAGCAUUCUUGCAUUGCUCUUCAGAAUAGCCUCUCAGAAGAUACUGCUGGGAGUAGAGUACAAACAACAGAACAAAGCUUUGGGAAGCAAUAUUUUGUAGUUCAACACUCCAACGCAUCAGGAACAGAGCAAGAGCCAGUUACUGCUGGUCCUACUCUUUCUGCAGGAUCUCCUCCAGUUGUUAGGCCUAAGGACAAAGCAGGUUACAACAGACUGCAAGAACAGUUCCCAUUGUCUGAAUACUCAGGUUCCAAAUUAAGGCAUGCUAAAGUACAAACUGUUUCACAGGCCUUUGCUGAAUGUAUAAAGCCAGAGUCACAGAGUGGCUACUUUGCAGACAAAGGAACUCAAACCAAGAAAUCGAGCCGAAGUGGUCAGUUGAAGCACAGGCCCCACCAGCAUGCAGCAACUCAGCCUGUGCAGCAACAGCAGCCGCUUGCUGUCCCAGAAGGAAACCAGGUUAACCCUCCACUUGGAAGCACUUCUCAAGCACUGGAAAUCACACAAUAUUUUUUUGAGGCUGUUUCAUGUCAGAUGGAGAAAUGGUAUGAAAGGAAGAUUGAGGAAGCCCGGAGUCAAGCUGAUCAGAAAGCCCAGCAAGAUAAAGCAGCUCUUAAAGAACACAUUAGAAGUCUAGAAGAGGAACUUUAUAAGUUAAGGACUAAGUUGCAAAAAGAAAAUUAGUCCGUACUUGUGAAAGAUACAGAGGAACUUCUAUUGUCACCAACAGUAAUUAAGGUAAUUUUUGGAAAGGGCAACCUAUACCACGCUUGUUGGAUCUGUGGCCUUUUUGGCUGGUGAUUUUGUUCAUCCAGUAAUUGUUGCAAAGGAAUCUAGAUCUCUUUCCUAAAGUACAUAGCAUUUCUGUUGAGGGGAAACAGUAUUCUUUUUCCUUGCUGGGAAGAAAAUAUUUAAUCCCCAUUGGCAUACUAGUUGUGAGAGUAAUCCUGUAGAGAAUGUAAUUGCAUUGCCUGUCAGUGCCCAUGAGAUCACUGUGGUGAUGAGUGACACCGACUCCUCUUCUUGCCUCCCCAAUACCUGUGUCAUUUGUGAAAAUGUUUUAUUCAUUAAAAGAUAUUUUGAAGCUGAGCAUUCUGUUGCUAUUCCAUUUAAACUAUAGCACAUCUUGUAUUAUUUUCAAAAUAAAACACUGUGGUCAACCAAGGCUACCUCUUCUUCCUGGAUAGCUGUUCACUGCCAUUUCAUGAAUCCUCUUCUGCCCAUAUUCAGCUAUGGGCCAUGUGUGUGUAUUAAAACCUCCAUUCAUGCACAUAUCCCUUAGCUUGUUGAUCACGUGAUUACACACACAAAUGGGUGCCGUGCAUCUGAUUUUCCAGCCCAUUAAUUGUUAGAACUACCUAUGCAUGGCCCUGGCAAAUUAGUCAUAAUCAUGUUGACCAGCUGUUUUGUGAGAGGAAGCAGAGAAAGGGCUGGCUUUAGCUCUUUUAGCGAUUCCUUCCUAUGUAGAAAGAUAUUUCCUUUUAAAGGAGAUUUCCUUUUGAAGGACAUUCAUAUGAAAACUAGUCCUAUGAAUCCCUACAAGGUUAAAAGGUUGUUUGAAAACUGUGAUUUGUAUCUGACCGUCCGACAUUCCUAGCAAAUUUUAAUCUUAAAUUUGGCAACCAGUUUGCUACAAUUUCAUUUGUAAAGAUGAAAAAAUCUUUUAAAGUUGUAAGAUAGAGACAUUCCAUACAUUGUUGCCUUUCUUUUGAAUUUCGUUUUUCAUAUGUAAAUGUGCUUAUUUGUAUGUCUGAGCACACAUGUGCAAUAACUGUGAAGAACAUAGUGCUAGGCUGCACCUGCUACUAAAAUGCAAAUUAGCCUGUAUACAAUUUUUGAUGAAUGGAAUGGCUCUGGAGCAUAUAGAUUGUCAUUUCUACACAUCUUUCCUGUGUUUGUAUCAUAUGUACCUUUUAGCAUAGUCAGUCUUAAAACUUGCAUUUUUCAAU